AUGUCCUAUCACAAGAUCGCGUCCGACGACGUCCGUCUCACAGUGCUAGAUGAAGAAUCACUGUCCACAGAAACCUCUGUGAAUCAGUACCUUCAGCCGCCGGAAGAUGCGCCGCAAGGACGCCAUUUGGGACUCUUUUCCACAAUAAUCAUGUUUGUGAGCCGGAUCUUGGGUUCGGGCUUUCUAGCCAUCUCCUCGGGGAUGUAUAAUGACUGUGGCCAGUCACCGUUCUACUUUUUGUUAUCGUGGACGAUAGCAUCGGUGCUAGCGUUCUCGGGGCUCUAUGUGUACUUGGAAUUGGGGUCGUUGAUACCUCGGUCUGGUGGAACCAAGGUAUUUCUAGAGUUCAUCUAUGAUUCGCCGUACAUGAUGACCAGUGUGAUCAUCUCACUCUACCUGGUGAUCUUUGGGUUUUCGCUCCUGAACAUUUUGGUAUUUGGCGAGUAUUUUUUGCAUGCGUUGAGCAUAGAGCCCACUUUGUUCCGUACGCGGCUUGUUGGUCUCAUUUUGUUGUUCACGGUGUGCUUCUUCCAUGGAGUGAACAUGCGCCAUGGAGUAAUGAUCCAGGACUUUUUGGGGCUUUUGAAGUUGGCGCUUGCUGGAAUCAUCAUCCUCACAGGUUUCUGGUCGAUUUUCUUGCCCACACUGGUGACGGGCCUCGAAAAGCACUUGCAUUGGGCCCUGUUCUACCCAGUGAAAACACAACUUACCCUAGCCUCUUUUGCCGGCGCUGUCAUCAAGGGCACGUUCGCAUAUGCGGGUUGGAACUCUGCCCUUACUGUAACCAACGAGAUUAAGGAUCCGGUCCGUACCCUUAAGGUCGCUGGUUUGGCGUCGUUGGCGGCCAUCACAGUAACAUUCAUAGCCAUCAAUGUUACCUACUUGGUGGUCAUUCCAAGCGACGAAAUUGCUGGGAGCGGCGAGUUGAUCGGCGCGGUAUUAUUCGAAAAGGUUUUCGGAUACCAUUUCGGAAGACAAUUUCUUACUUUAUCCUCCGCGCUUUGCACUGGAGGUAAUGUGUUUGUUGUUCUCUACUCAAUCUCCAGAGUAAGUCAGGAAGUGUUCCGCGAGGGAUUUCUUCCCUACUCCGAAUUCAUGGCCUCGAACUGGCCAGCAAACGCUCCACUUCCCGCUUUACUGCUUAGCUGCUUUCUAUCAACCAUUGUCAUUGUUGCAUCCCCUGGUGGAGACAUGUACAGCUAUGUGGUGAGUUUGGAAAGCUACCCUCAGCAGAUAUUUAUUGGCCUAUGUGCUAUAGGUGUGUUCAUUCUCAGGCGCAAGUAUCCUGAUGUGGUUGCGCCAGUCAGAGCUUCUUUAUUUGGUACCAUCCUACUAUUGGCCAUCACAGGGUAUUUGAUUAUAUUGCCUUUGGUUGGAGGAAACCCCAACCCCAAAAGCAUGCAAAACUGGAUCCCAUACACUUACUUGGGACUUCUCACAUUAUUUGUAAGUUUUCUCUAUUGGCUAUGCAUGUUUGUUGUUGGCCCUUACUAUGGAGACUAUACCCUACAGUUGGAGAUCAAGGAGCAAGCGGAUGGACUCCUGGUGAAGCAUUGGUACAAGGUAUAUAGACAUUUGUAA